AUUCUCAUUUUUUUCUUUUUUAUAAAGGAAUUUAACUGAGUUUACUUAGAAGGGUGAACUUAGAGCUUGGUUUUUAAAAAGUUGAAAUGUUUGGUAGAACCUUUAAGCCUUUAUUAUGGAAACAGUACAUAGCAUGGUGGGGUCAAAGGUUAAAUUCCUGUAAUUUCUUACCAUUUUAUGUUCUGUCAUUGCCAGAACAUUUGAUCACCAUAGUAGUGCAUUUCUGGCUCUAAUUAAUGUAAUAUUCUUUUUGUGUAGGCUAUUUUAGUGUGUUUGGUAUUUAUUUAUAGAAAUUAAAACAAUGUAUUAUCUGAAUAGAUUUUUUUUUUAAAAGAUCCAUAAAUAAGCCUUGUUUUGUACAAAGACUACAAUUUUUCUACGUUUUUGUGAGGUAUUGUGUGGAAGCUUUUUGGGAAGAAGGGUAAUUAUAUAAAUCAUGAAAAAAAUUUUUUAAUACUGUCCAAAAUCUUUUUUUUUUGGUAUUAUGGGUUGCAAUUCUUUCUCAUCAUGCUGCCUCCUCCCAGUAUCCAACUCUUUGACAUUUUUAAUGCUGCUUUGCUUCUUUGUUCAAAUUACUUUUUGCUUAAGUUGGCAUUCAGAUUGAGAUUUUGAAUUUAGAAAUAAAUUCACUUCUAGUCAUGGAUACCUCUUUUUAAAAAAUAUAUCUAAUGUAUUCAAAUACCAUCAGAGCUGAAGUACUCAGUUAAUUAAGUGAUAUUUUCAUUUUAGUCUUAAUUUAAACCUGUAGUAUAUUUAAAAGAAAUAUAGCUCAAUGAUUUUGUAAAUUUAAUUUCAAAAAAUGUAAAAAGCUUUCUUAACAUUGUUUUGGAGUAGAAAUGUUUAUUGAGAUACUGUAAGUCUGUGGUUACCCAGAAAGAUGGGAGAAUGAAAUUCUUAUUCACGUAGUAUUUCAGAUAGCAGAAAAAGCAUAUUUUAAGCAGCAAUACUUAAAUUGCAGUACCUAUUAAAAUAUUUUUUAGCUGGUAUGAUAUACUCCUGGUUUUGUCCGUAGAGUAUUAAGAAUAUAUCCCUGACUUAUAUGACAUAGAACAGUAAGUUCUAAAGUUUCUGAGUAGAGCAGCUUUCUAAAAACAGAAACUUUUUGCAAGUUAAACUCUUAGGGAGGAUUCCAAUAUAUAAAAGGGAUACUUAUGGUUUCUGCUUAAUUCUGCAAGGCUUAAGAAACAAAAGGACACAUGUGAUGUUUUAUUGUUAUUUACUUAUUUUAUAUUGUAAACUUAUUCACAUGCCAUGUGUAUUUAAUAAAAUGAGAAUAAUUACACUAUUAAGAUAAACAAAACUUUGAAAUGAGAUUAUACAUGACAAUUAUAAUCUUGUAUUAGAUCCAGAUCUAGUUCACUUAUUUGUAGAACCUUGGCCUCUUAAGGCACUGUGGAAUUCAGUUUGAAAAUUAUUCUAGAAUGUAUCUUCGUUAUGUUGUUUUUUGAUGUUCAUGAAGAUGGAAUAUAAGAUCUAUAUGUACAUGACUUAACAGUUUAAAAUUGUUGACUUGUCACAGCCUUGUGUUUAUAUUUGUUACUUUUUUUUAAACAAAAUAAUUAUUUUUCCUAACUGAAUCAGUGUCCAUUUAUUUAGUGGCUUAAAAUAUAUUCUGGGGUCAGUAUUUAUCUCAGUUUCAUCAACAGCUUUAGCAUUUUUGUUUCACUUUAGUCACUACAUUGUAAAAUCUUUAGGACUGUCUUAUAUACAUAGUAGAUUCUCAUAAUUUGAACACUAAUUUAUGUAAAUCAUUCAGUCAUAUGAACUGUCCCUAAAAAAGAAAACGAAAAAAAUUUCAAUGUGUUUGAGGGAUUCUAUUCAUCAUUCCUUUCAGUAAGGUUAUCCUUGGAGUGAGUAUGACAUAGAAAAGUGAAUGUCCUGUGACCUUAAUCACUCUUAUUUUCAUGCCUUUUAAUAGUAAUAACAGCUCACUAUCUUGGUGGUGAGAGUGGGAGGGGAGGAGACUCUAGUGUUUAAAAAUACGUGUAUUUCAAAACAUUUUAUAUAAUGUAGAAAAACUGUCCAUGUUGAAAUUAUUGAGCAGUUUAUGCUGGUCUUGAGUGGGAUCUUAGGGAAAUUUUAAUAACCCAGUCUUUUUGCCUUCUAUUGCUAACUGUAAUAUUUACCCCUACGCUCUACAAGAUUAUUACUUGCACAUGAGGAAAUACUAAUGCCCUAUGGUUACUCAGGAUAUUAUUGCUAAUUCUUUCCCUGCUGUGUUGCAUUUUUGCAACUGUAAGCAUAAACUACCCCUUAAUGAGAUGAUUGCUUUUGGGAUUGAUGAUAGUUCUCAAAUUUUCUGUUCCAAGUUCCAGGUUAGCUAUUAUGCUGGGUAAUUGAGGGCAUAAUAAAUCUGGGAGCUGAAUAAUUGAAGUUUUAUGAUGUUAUUUUGUCACUUUUUAAAAUUCUCCCCUUUUGUUUACCCUUUUUCAUAAGCAAUUUCAUCUGCAUAAGCCUGUAAGAGAAAUGUUAGGGUGGUGGCACUGGCCAAGGGUCCAAACCUGAAUUUGAAUACUGUUUUUGCUACCUUUUUCUGACAUUGAUGAGCUUAUUCCAUUUUCUUUCUUUCCUUUUUUUCUUUUUUUUUUUGAGACGGAGUUCUUGUUGCCCAGACUGGAGUGCGAUGGUGCGACCUCGGCUCACUGCACCCUCUGCCUCCCGGGUUCAAGCCAUUCUCCUGUCUCAGCCUCCCAAAUAGCUGGGAUUACAAGCAUGCGCCACCAUGCCCAGCUAAUUUUUAUAUUUUUAGUAGAGAUGAAGUUUCUUCAUGUUGGUCAGGCUGGUCUCGAACUCCUGACCUCAGGUUAUCUGCCUGCUUUGGCCUCCCAAAUUGCUGGGAUUACAGGCAUGAGCCACUGUGCCCUGCUAAUUUUUUUUUUUUCGAGACGGAGUCUCACUCUGUCGCCGAGGUUGGAGUGUAGUGGUGAAAUCUCAGCUCACUGCAACCUCCGCCUCCCAGGUUCAAGUGAUUCUCCUGCCUCAGCCUCCCGAGUAGCUGAGAUUACAGGCGCCCAUCACCAUGCCCGACUAAUUUUUGUGGUUUUAGUAGAGACGGGGUUUCACUAUGUUGGCUAGGCUGGUCUUGAACUCCUGACCUAAAGUGAUCCACCUACCUAGGCCUCCCAAAGUGUUGGGAUUAUAGGCGUGAGCCACUGUGCCCAGCCUUCUUUCUUUCUUUACUGGAGAUGAGACAGAAUCUCACUCUGUUUCUCAGGCUGGAGUGCAGUGGCAAUCCGAGCUCACUGCAACCUCCACUUCCUGGGUUCAAACAAUUCUUGUGCCUCAGCCUCUUGAGUAGCUGGUAUUACAGGCAUGUGCCACCAAGCUAAUUUUUUUUUUUUUAGUAGAAGUGGGGUUUUAUCAUGUUGGCCAAGCUGGUCUCGAACUCCUGGCCUCAAGUGAUCUGACCACUUCAGCUUCCUGAAGUGCUGGGAUUACAGGCAUGAGGCAUCAUGCCCUGUGUUCGUUCCAUUUUUUGAUUCUCGUUUCUUUAUCUAUAAAAUCGGGGAAAAUUCCUAUCUAUUUGGCAAGCAUAUGCUCAGAAUCAAUUUACAUAAUGUUUCAGAAUAGUAUCUUGAAAUACUCUGCAAAAAUCUUGCAUACUAAUUUUCUCAGUAAUAUCCGAAUGCAUUUCAGUUUAUUUGCCUCUGAAGUGUCAUAUACCUUUUCAAGUGUGAUUGGAUCAGUGUAUAUUUAAAAACUAUGGGAAAUUUCUUAUAUAACUCGUGCUCAGAAGCAAGAAGUGCUAAGUAACAUCCUAUCCACUUAGUAAUGUUAUAUAUUCGUUUUUGUAGUACUGGGACCUACUCUGUUAGCAUAAAUUAGCCAUCCUUUGUUGUGUAUGGAUAUGGCAGAUGUAUUUAUUAAGUAAAGCCAAUAUAGAAUGUUGACAUUACAGAAUUUAGAGGAGUAGGAGAAAUGUUUUGGGUAUAGUCUGGCUGAGUUCUUCAAAUAUACUGUGAGAAAAUAACUUAUCUAAAAACAUGACUUGAAUUCACGGCCUAGAGUUUCCUGUGUUUCAGUACAAAUAAGAAUCAUAAAAACAGUAAAUUCUUUCUCAAAAAAAUUCAUUUUCAGAGUUAUAAACUGGCAGCCAGCAAACUUACUUUUAUUCUUACUCACUAGCCCAUUUCUCUAAUUGUUUGUUUGUGUUUUUUUGUUUGUUUUUGAGACGGAGUUUCGCUCUUGUUGCCCAGGCUGGAGUGCAAUGGCACGAUCUCGGCUCACCGCAACCUCUGCCUCCCAGCUUCAAGCAAUUCUCCUGCCUCAGCCUCCUGAGUAGCUGGGAUUACAGGCAUGCACCACCACACCCGGCUAAUUUUGUAUUUUUAGUAGAGAUGGGGUUUCUCCAUGUUGAGGCUGGUCUCGAACUCCUGACCUUAGGUGAUCCGCCCGCCUCAGCCUCCCAAAGUGUUGGGAUUACAGGCGUGAGCCACCGCGCCCGGCCCCAUUUCUUUAAUUGUUAACAUUUAAAGUUGUCAGAUUUUACCUAAAAAUCUAGGUGUCUUGCUUCUUGAAAAGCAAACAACAUUUUUGCUUGAGAAUAGCAACCUACAAUUGAGUAUAGAUGCUGUCUCCUUCAGAUAGGGCCUUCUUUUGCCCACCUCUGGUCCUCUUCACUGAAUCACGUUACCUGCGUGGCCUUGAAAGACAGUUCCUUUUAAAGACCUAUCCUACGUAUUUGAUAGUUUAUUGGCAGCCUUAAAUAUCUAAAAUAUAACUUCUAACCCAAAAGAAACUAAACGUAAGUAAAAUGUAGCCUACUUUACUUAGUAGGAGAGACUUAGAAUAUAUAAAGUCAGUUUACUCUUUAGAAGAUAUGGCACGUUUUAUAACCUUUCACUUUGUCCUAAUUUUAUAUAGAGUGCCAUGGGAGCCAAAUGAAGGAGAUCCAAUGGCAUAACAACAAGUAACAAUUGAUUGAAAGUGAAGAGAUUAAAGAAAUUCUAAUUAGAAACAUAUAAGUACCUUGAGAUCUUUUAUGUGAUAAUCAGUUCUGUUUUCUUUAAAUGUUACCACUGUAUUAAAGGACAUCACUAUCAACUUGAUGUUCUUAAUGGUAAUACUGAAUAAGAAAAAGUUAAAAUGUAUUCAAGCUAUGCAGUUUACUGAACAGAUAAAUGAAGUAGCAUUUUAUAAAAGAUUUUUGCCCAAAUUAGUUGAGCUAAGAAGUUUUAUCACUUAAAAUAAUGAGUAAAUUUCCUAAUAGAACAUUUUCUUAACUGUACACUAGAUUAGAUAAUGGCCGUUAGGCCAUUACAUACUUUAUUUUUGUUGAAAACUUACAUCUAUUUACAUUUAUUAAUUUAACGUUUACAGUGUCUAUGUGAAGACUACCUUGAUGAUGCAUGAAACAUGAUAAUUUAUAAUCUUGAUCUGACUUAAAUUUGAAUUCCACAUUUCCCAGAGUGAAAGCCAGCUUGUUAACAUUCAAAUAAUACCACGACAUUGGUAACUCUAAGGAAGUGCUAAAAGAAUGUUAUGCCUUUUUGGAAAAUGGUUUUCUAGUUAGAGUUCAACUUUAGAGAAAAUUGAAAAAGUGAUUAACUUGCACAGGAAACAGUGAGUCCCCUGCUUUACUGCUCUUCACACUUGGAAAAGAGAAAGUGAUUUGAGAGAAAGCCUAAUGUCUAUUCAAAUAAGUGAUUGUUUUUUAAUUGCCCAGGUUAGAACUCUCACAGAGUUCUCUGUUGGUGAUUUGUAACAAUCUGUUAUUAGUCAUUAAUAUGUGAAUAUGGAAAUUGUGAAAACAGCACAAAUUGAUUUAGCAAAUCUUCAUCAGUUUAGUGAAAGAGGGACCUUAACACUGGAGAGAGGGUCUGAGGAGUUGCUUCUGCAUCUGCCUGAGGGAAUCUUGUCUUUCCUUCUGAAGUAAGCCAGAUACAGCUAGCCAACUGCCAGUAGAACUAUCUGACCUGGUAUAUCCCUUUGUUGGAUAUAGAGAUACCUGUACCAUGGCAUACAUAGUGGAAAACAUUAGUAUAGAAGUUAGGAAAAGAUUACUUCUGCUUUGGUACUGUUAUUAAGUAAUUGUGUAGUUUUGGAUAAAUAUUUAACCUCUUUGUGUUAUCCCUGAUGAUUAAAUGAGAUGGGUUGUUGGAAGAACACCAACUUUGAGUCAAACAGUCAGGGUGAGUCCAUGUUCUUCCUCUCAUUAGUUAUAGGUUAUAUGAAAAAUGGAUAUAUAGUGCUCAAAGUACAGUACCUAUUUAUGAUUAUGUGUUCAAUAAGUCUUAGGUAUUUUGUUUGUUUGUUUGUUUGUUCUGAGACAGAGUUUCGCUCUUGUUGCCCAAGCUGGAGUGCAAUGGUGCGAUCUCAGCUCACUGCAACCUCCACCUCCCAGGUUCAAGCAGUUCUCCUGCCUCAGCCUCCUGAGUAGCUGGGAUUAUAGGCGUGCGCCACCAUGCCCGGCUAAUUUUGUAUUUUUAGUAGAGAUGGGGUUUCACCAUGUUGGCCAGGUUGGUCUCGAACUCCUGACCUUAGGUGAUCUGCCUGCCUCGGCCUCCAAAAGUGCUGGGAUUACAGGUGUGAGCCACCACGCCUGGCCAAGACUUAGGUAUUUUUAUGGAAUGAGGCAAGUUACUUAUUUUCAGAACUUCAGUUUUUCUUGUUUUUAAAAUGGGAAUAAUGUUUAUCAUAAAGAAUUAAUAUUGGGGUUUAAAUGAGGAUAACAAAUAUAAAGUCAAGUGAAGUGUAGCACAAAUUAAAUAUUGGUUGCAUUUGUUUCACGAGAUUCCCUUUAGCACAGAUCUUUGUUUUUGUUUUUGUUUUUGUUUUUGUUUUCUUUUAAAAAUCAUUAUUUCAGGAAGAAUGGAGUUGGGAGAAAUCUGGUCUACUGGGUAGUUUAGAAAAGGAUCUUUAGGGAGAGGGCGUUUUUAGGGGCCUGGCUGAUUUACAGUAAAAAUGUCAGAGAGCAGGGUGUUUAGAAUCUCCAAGUGAAGACUUUGAAGAGUCUAAAGGGGACAAAAUAAGAAUUCUUACUUGUGCAAAGGCAGCAUGGUAGAGUGAAAACUAAAACAGACUGUGAAUUGAUCAGUUACUCAACAAAUGUAACAGUCAUUUAUUAUGCACCUAUUAUUUGCCAGGUACUGUUUGAUGCUUAGCAUGUAAGAUCCUUGCUCUCUCUCAUGGAGUUUACACUUGUGGAGGGUGUGGGAAGACACAGACAAUAAAUAUGAGAGGAGGUUGCAAAUACUUAAGGAUUGUGAAUGCUGUGGGGUGGGGUAGAAUAGGUAUCUAAAAGCUAGAUGAGCACUACACAAAACGUGGCCUGUGAUCAGUCUGAGAACUGUUUGCUUCUGGUCCUCUGUGAGAUAAGAACUGAAAUCGAGAGUUUGUAGAAAUUUUUACAUCAAUCUGAUAAUGUAAUUUUAUGUCAGUUGAGUCAAAACAAUCAAGACUCAUAUUUUAUAUGCCUUAUUUUAAAUUUCAUUUUUCAAGUAAUUCAUUGCCACCAUAUUUUACAAUAGCUGAUCUAUAGUGGGUUGAAAAUAAAACACCAGUCUUUACUGUAUUCAUUUUAGCAGUGAGCUAGAUCAACAGUUGCCGUUGUUAGUACUUUUAGUAAGCAUGUUGUGGAGAUUUUCAGCUUCUUUUGAUGAAUAAUUCACUGUCAAGUAAUUAGCUUAUUUGGCUUAAAAAUACUUACGUCCAUGUUAUUUACACUAUAUGUUGGACUAAAUUAUUUUAGGUCUUUUGAUUUUCAAGUACUUUUAUUCAUGGUUGGAUGCAUGAUACAAGUAGGAAGAGAGCAAAAUUAAAACUGUAAGGUAUAUAAUAAGCGAUUUCUUUUUUUAAUUUUUAACUUCUAGAUUCUGUUCUCAAUGCUUAGAUUAUUUCUAACAUUUUUUCUCAACUCGUAUUUUAUGAUCAGUAUAUGGUACUUAGAAAGCUCUUUUGAUACAAGACUUUUCCUCCAACGAAGAGUUAAUUUAUGCAUGAAAUUAUAUCAUUAUAUUUGUCCCUAUCACUUCAUCUGCUGCUGGUGGGUCAUAGAUCCUGAGAAGAGAAUAUAGUUGUUUGAGGAAAUUUAUCGUUGAUAACCUAGGUAAUAUUUUUGUUUGUCUAUAUAAGUCUACCAUUUGCUAUUGAUAAAUGAUAACUUUAUGCGUCCCCUCAUUUAUAGCCCCAUUGUCUUUUUUAUUUGAUAGGGGUAACUUAAGAAGUAUGUUGAAGAUAGCUGAAAAUAAGAUUUAAAAAUAUGGAAAAUAUUUUGGAUAACCCCUAGUUAGCAUUUUAAAUACUUCUUUUCAUUUUAUUAUUUCAGAUGCGGGACUAAAUGAGUUUCUGGAUUGUUACUUUAAAAUGAAAUUUAAUAUAUCUCUAGCCUUAAUGAAAAUGGUAGUGGAGUAGAAUUAUAUAUUAGUAGACAAUAAAUUAACUAAAAAAUAAAUACAAAUAAAAAAAGGGCCUUGCAGAUAAUGACUCAACUCUUGCCUUGUCAGAUCUGGCCAGUAAAAACAAUACAUGAAUGAUACAGGUUUGAAAAGAAUGUGGCACAGACAGAAUAUUUUCUUGGGAAGACAUUCGUAAUUUAAUAUGCCUAGGUUUUUAUACUCAGCACAUGCUUUGGUAAUAUUAACUAGUGGUAAAUGUGUUGAAUUAUUUAGCCAUCAUAAUAGUGAUACCUGAAGGUACACAAUUCUUAUUAUUUGGUGAAAUGUUAAACAAUAUACUUCUAAGAGCAAAUCUACUUAAUAAUGUUUACUAUUUAAUUGAUUAGUUAAAAUUUGAAAGGUAGUUGUAGAGUAGAAUGAGGAUAGUUUUAGGUAAUGUGAAUUAUAAUUUGUAUUUUUAAUGAUUGUUAAACAGCAACCAUUGAAUUUACGUGGUCUGUGCCAUAAGUAAGCUAAGGCUUUUGAAUAUCUCUGAGAGUUAAAAAUAUUUUUCUUGUGGUGGGGGGUGGAAUUUCAGUUAUAUAAGAAUUAUAAAUUGGUUUUCUUUUAUUACCUGGAUUUGAAUUCUAUUAGUAUGUAGAUAACUAGAUAUAUUCUAGAACCAGUCAGUACAUGUUGGGAAACGAAUGGGGAGGGUUUACUCAGCAGUACUCUCCUUUAGUUUGGUCAUGAAAUGAGGACUGCUUUAUGUAAAUUGUUCUUACUGGCGCCAGCUAGCUGUAACUGCAGUCUGGCUGUGCUAGGGCAGCAAAUAAAAUGUGUCAUGGAUUUUCUGUUUGGAAUGUAUAAGAAUUCAGCCUUUUGGACUGAAAGAACAGAGUUGAUGCAUUAGAAUAGCAGUAGUGAGACCACAGUUGACAGUGAAUAUGUGAAAUAGUGAGAAGCUAUAAGCCUUUUAAGCUUUUAGUUCUUUUAUAGGUUUAUGCCUAUUGAUACUAUUGGGUAAUAUGUGGGAGGUACUUAACUGCACACAGUUGCUGCAGACCUAAUAGUUGGCAGCAUAGAAAGCAGUACAAAGAAUUCUGAUUCUAGGCAUUUUCACUUGAAAUAGUCAUUUUGAAGAUAUACUCUGUGUGUUCUGUGAGCUUUAUUGACAUAUUGUCUGACGUUUUUUGGCUUUUGUGGUAAAUGGGAUGUAUGCUGCACAAACUACCCAACAGAUGUGAACCACUAUUUGAAAGGAAUUUUAAUAUGUAGCCAACCUACUGUAUUCUUGUCUUUUUUUUUUUAAUGAAUAUGAAUCAAACAAGAAAUUUAGACUCAAGAAGGCUGACCUAGAAGUCUGCAUUAGCUUUUAAUGUUUAUACAAAUGAACUAAGUAGCAGUGGUUUACAGAAGAGGAAGUCCUUUUCACAGUGUCAAGCUGCCCACAGAUUCAAAAUGGACAGUUUAGAAGAACCUCAGAAAAAAGUCUUUAAGGCUCGAAAAACGAUGAGAGUGAGUGAUCGUCAGCAACUUGAAGCAGUGUACAAGGUCAAAGAAGAACUGUUGAAAACUGAUGUCAAGCUGUUAAAUGGCAACCAUGAAAAUGGAGAUUUGGACCCAACCUCACCUUUGGAAAAUAUGGAUUACAUUAAAGACAAGGAAGAGGUGAAUGGCAUUGAAGAGAUUUGUUUUGAUCCUGAAGAAAGUAAAGCAGAAUGGAAAGAAACACCCUGUAUCCUAAGUGUUAAUGUAAAAAACAAGCAGGAUGAUGAUUUAAAUUGUGAACCUUUGUCUCCCCAUAAUAUAACUCCAGAACCAGACUCUAAACUGACUGCUGAACCAGUUUCUGGUGAUCCAGCCCCUGGUGAUCUGGAUGCUGGAGAUCCAGCCUCCGGAGUACUGGCCUCUGGUGAUUCCACCUCUGGUGACCCCACCUCUAGUGAACCCUCCUCUAGUGAUGCUGCCUCUGGUGAUGCAACCUCUGGUGAUGCCCCUUCUGGUGAUGUGCCCCCUGGUGAUGCCACCUCUGGUGAUGCCACUGCUGAUGAUCUCUCCUCUGGUGAUCCCACCUCUAGUGAUCCUAUCCCAGGUGAACCGGUCCCUGUUGAACCCAUUUCUGGUGAUUGUGCCACUGAUGAUAUAGCCUCUAGUGAAAUAACUUCUGUUGAUCUGGCUUCUGGAGCACCAGCUUCUACUGAUCCAGCCUCUGAUGAUCUGGCCUCUGGUGAUCUAUCUGCUAGUGAACUGGCCUCUGAUGAUCUGGCCACGGGUGAACUGGCCUCUGAUGAGCUGACUUCUGAAUCAACCUUUGAUCGUACCUUUGAACCAAAUUCUGUACCAGUUUGUGAACCAGUUCCUGAAAUUGACAAUAUAGAACCAAGUAGCAAUAAAGAUGAUGAUUUUCUUGAAAAAAAUGGGGCUGGUGAAAAAUUAGAGCAAAUUCAGAGUAAAGACUCAUUGGAUGAGAAAAAUAAAGCUGAUAAUAAUAUUGAUGCUAAUGAAGAAACUCUAGAAACAGAUGAUAACACUAUUUGUUCAGAUCGACCUCCUGAAAAUGAAAAGAAGGUAGAGGAAGAUAUUAUCACAGAGCUUGCUCUUGGCGAAGAUGCUAUAUCUAGCAGUAUGGAAAUUGACCAAGGUGAAAAGAAUGAAGAUGAAACUUCUGCAGAUCUUGUAGAAACCAUUAAUGAAAAUGUUAUUGAAGAUGACAAAAGUGAGAAUAUCUUAGAAAAUACAGACUCUAUGGAGACAGAUGAAAUCAUUCCUAUUUUGGAAAAGCUUGCACCUUCUGAGGAUGAACUUACUUGCUUUUCUAAAACAUCUCUCCUUCCAAUCGACGAGACAAAUCCAGAUUUGGAAGAGAAAAUGGAAAGUUCUUUUGGUUCACCAUCUAAACAAGAAAGUAGUGAGAGUUUGCCAAAAGAAGCCUUUCUGGUCCUCUCUGAUGAAGAGGAUAUUUCAGGUGAAAAAGAUGAGUCUGAAGUUAUAUCGCAAAAUGAAACGUGCUCUCCAGCAGAAGUAGAAAGUAAUGAAAAGGACAACAAACCUGAGGAAGAAGAGCAAGUGACACAUGAAGAAGAUGAAAGACCUUCUGAGAAAAAUGAAUUUUCUAGACGAAAACGUUCUAAAUCAGAAGACAUGGACAAUGUACAGUCUAAACGUCGUCGAUAUAUGGAAGAAGAAUAUGAGGCAGAAUUUCAAGUAAAGAUUACAGCCAAAGGAGACAUUAACCAGAAACUUCAAAAGGUUAUACAGUGGUUGCUGGAAGAAAAAUUGUGUGCGCUGCAGUGUGCUGUAUUUGAUAAGACUUUGGCAGAACUGAAAACACGAGUGGAAAAGAUUGAAUGUAACAAGAGGCAUAAAACAGUUCUCACUGAACUACAGGCCAAGAUAGCCAGGUUAACCAAACGCUUUGAAGCAGCCAAAGAAGAUCUUAAGAAAAGACAUGAACAUCCACCCAACCCACCAGUAUCACCAGGAAAAACUGUAAAUGAUGUCAACAGCAAUAAUAACAUGUCUUACAGAAAUGCAGGCACAGUGAGACAGAUGCUGGAGUCCAAAAGAAAUGUAAGCGAGAGUGCACCACCAUCCUUUCAAACUCCUGUGAAUACAGUAUCUUCAACCAAUCUUGUCACUCCUCCAGCAGUUGUCAGUAAUCAACCUAAAUUGCAGACUCCAGUGACUUCAGGUUCUCUCACAGCAACGUCAGUUCUUCCUGCACCCAAUACAGCUACUGUAGUUGCUACUACUCAGGUGCCUAGUGGAAAUCCCCAGCCUACAAUCUCUUUACAACCUUUGCCAGUGAUUUUGCAUGUACCUGUUGCAGUAUCCUCUCAGCCUCAGCUUCUACAGAGCCAUCCAGGGACUUUGGUGACUAAUCAACCAUCUGGCAACGUUGAAUUCAUUUCUGUGCAAAGCCCACCUACAGUGAGUGGUCUUACCAAAAAUCCAGUAUCCUUGCCAUCCUUGCCAAAUCCCAGUAAACCAAACAACGUUCCUUCUGUGCCCAGUCCUAGUAUUCAAAGGAACCCUACUGCCAGUGCUGCACCAUUGGGAACAACACUUGCUGUGCAGGCUGUUCCAACGGCACACUCUAUUGUACAAGCCACAAGGACUUCUUUACCCACAGUGGGCCCAUCAGGACUCUAUAGUCCAUCAACUAAUCGAGGUCCUAUACAGAUGAAAAUUCCAAUUUCUGCAUUUAGUACUUCGUCUCCUGCAGAACAGAACAGCAAUACCACCCCAAGAAUUGAAAACCAGACAAACAAAACAAUAGAUGCUUCUGUCAGUAAGAAAGCAGCCGAUAGCACAUCACAGAGUGGAAAAGCCACUGGCAGUGAUUCAAGUGGUGUCAUUGAUCUCACAAUGGAUGAUGAAGAGAGUGGAGCUUCACAAGACCCCAAAAAGCUAAAUCACACUCCUGUAUCAACCAUGAGUUCAUCUCAGCCUGUGUCACGACCAUUGCAACCCAUACAACCAGCACCGCCUCUUCAGCCAUCUGGGGUGCCAACAAGUGGACCAUCUCAGACCACCAUACACUUACUACCUACAGCUCCAACUACCGUGAAUGUAACACAUCGUCCAGUAACUCAGGUGACCACAAGACUCCCUGUACCAAGAGCUCCUGCAAACCACCAGGUGGUUUAUACAACUCUUCCUGCACCACCAGCUCAGGCUCCCUUGCGAGGAACUGUUAUGCAGGCUCCUGCUGUUCGGCAGGUCAAUCCCCAAAAUAGUGUUACAGUUCGAGUGCCUCAAACAACCACAUAUGUUGUAAACAAUGGACUAACCCUGGGAUCAACAGGACCUCAGCUCACAGUGCAUCACCGACCACCACAAGUGCAUACUGAGCCCCCACGCCCUGUGCACCCAGCACCCUUACCAGAAGCUCCACAACCACAGCGUCUGCCCCCAGAAGCUGCCAGCACAUCUCUGCCUCAGAAGCCACACUUGAAGUUAGCACGAGUUCAGAGUCAAAAUGGCAUAGUACUGUCAUGGAGUGUCCUGGAGGUGGAUCGAAGCUGUGCCACUGUUGAUAGCUACCAUCUCUAUGCUUACCAUGAGGAACCCAGUGCCACUGUGCCCUCACAAUGGAAAAAGAUCGGGGAAGUCAAGGCACUUCCCUUGCCCAUGGCAUGUACUCUCACCCAGUUCGUAUCUGGUAGCAAAUACUACUUUGCAGUACGAGCCAAGGAUAUUUAUGGACGUUUUGGGCCUUUCUGUGAUCCUCAGUCAACAGAUGUGAUCUCUUCUACCCAGAGCAGUUAAACCUUGGAGCCUUUAUAUUUUCCUCUUUUAAAAUUUCCACCUUUUGGUCUUGUUUUUAAUCUUGUGCAUGAUACCCCAUGUAAAAUCCACCUUGUGCAAGAUUUCUUGGACAGAUGUGUGUAUACACUACAUUUGUUUAUAACCAGAAGCAAAAUAAACUCAGCCCACAAAGCUAGAAUCUUUUCCUGGACAGUUUAGGCUUUGGGGUUUGGAAGUGUAAAUGUGUACCUUGCUUUAGUUUUGAGGCUGGGGAAUAUAUGUGGGUGUUUAUGUGUGUUUUUCCUUAUGUAGGUGUUAUUGCAUUGGAGUCUCCAAUUUUUAUUCUCAAAUUUACCUCUUAAAGUACGAAGUAAGUAGAUCAAAGGAUUUGAGAUGUGUAACUGGCAUGAUUCUGCUUUUAAAGGAUCUAUAGUAUCAUUUUAGUUAAGUGAUUCAAACAGAAUCAAAACAAAACCCUAAGAAAUAAAUAAAAAACAAAAUGGCUAAAUAGUUUAAAAUAGGUUAAUUCGAACACAGGAAAGGAUCUAUUUGUUGUUUUUUUUUGUCUGGUCUCCUGAGUUGUUAAUUAGGUGAAAAAAGAUCUGCAGUGGCUCCCUCCCUUUCCUAAUCUGGCUUUUACAUUUAUUUUGUGCCUUAAAGAUUAACUACAAAGAUAAACAUGGCCAAAAAUAAAUAAAUAAAUAUGGCCAUAUGUCCAUUGUUGCUUACUCUUCCCUUGCAGCCUUUUACCCUUGAUUUCUCCUUCAUCUCUACCAAAUAUAGCACACCUCCUCAAGUAAUUUUUUUUUUUUUUUUAAGAUGGAGUUUCACUCGUGUUGCCCAGGCUAGAGUGCAGUGGCACAAUCUUGGCUCACUGCAGCCUUUGCCUCCUGGGUUCAAGCAAUUCUCCUGUCUCAGCCCCAGAGUAGCUGGGAUUACAGGCACCUGUCACCAUGCCAGGCUAAUUUUUGUAUUUUUAGUAGAGAUGGGGUUUCACCAUGUUGGCCAGGCUGGUCUCGAACUCCUCACCUCAGGUGAUCCACCCACCUCGGCCUCCCAGAGUGCUGCGAUUACAGUUGUAAGCCACCGUGCCCAGCCUACUCAAGCGAUUUUUAAACCAAGGUGUGUGUGUUUACAUGGAUGUAUAUGUACACACACACACGUGCAUGCACAGUCUCAUCUUAGCCGGGCAUGGUGACAACAUCACAUUUAACUCCAAAAAUUUGACGUGCUAUUUUCUUCUAAAACUAUAGAUGCUUUUAUUUUUGGUCACUAUUUAACUUUGUGUAAAGUGGACCAAGAGAAAACCAUAUUGUGGAAGACAAUUUUUCACACGUUUUAGUAUCUGUGUUGCACACUGUGUUAGAGAUUAUGAAAACGAUUCUAGUUCAGUUUAUCACCCAAAGCUAUCACCCAAUACUAACUCCUUAGUAUUCUUUCAAAGGAAGCAAAUAGUAAGAUUCACAAUAUAGAAUGAGCUAAAAUAUCAAGGGAAAAGCUUCAUUUCCUCUUUAUUCUCUUAUCGUCCUUCCUGUUUUAACCUUUUAACUUUGUUUUGAUGGUGCCGAGUUGAGUCUGAUGUACCCAUUGUUAGCUUUGGAUAGAAUUUAAAGUAUAUCCCAAAAUUAGCUGGGCAUGUUGGUGCAUGCCUGUAAUCCCAGCUACUCAGGAGGCAAGGCUGGAGAAUCGCUUGAACUCGGGAGGCGGAGGUUGCAGUAAGCUGAGAUUGCGCCAUUGCACUCCAUCCUGGGAGACAAGAGCGAAACUCUGUCUCAAAAAAAAGAAUUUAAAGUAUAUCCUUUGAGGUCAUUUUAUGUAACAAUUAGAUAUAACCUCCUGUGUAUCUCUCCGUUCCUCUUCAAAGUUAUUAAAAUUCAGCUUAGAUCAUGGAUUUUUCAUAUGAGGGCCAGCUGUACUGGUGUCAGGUAGGUGUUUUGAGUGUAGAUAGUUUAGGACUGGAGGGCUGAGUUGAGUUUUAGGAGUGAGAAUGUGGUUCAGAAUAUUUUGAAAGGAAUUUACGGAGUUUGUGAAAUAACUUACAAGUCCUCUUCCUUUACAAUAUUUGAAUUCAUAUUUGUACCUUCUCAAAAUAGUCAUUCAUUUUUCCUAGAAUUACAGGAGGGAGCUCUCUCUUUUAUCAAUGUUAUUUUGUUUGCAACUUUGAUGGCUUAUAAUAGGAAGUAUUCUAGUUGUAAAGAAAACUCUUUAGAGACUUUUGACUGGUCAGUAUACUGUCAUCUGAGGUGUGAGAUUUGAUUCAUGAUGAAGAAAGCCUAUAGACUGCCAAAAUUAAUUCUCCAAACCACCUUUCACUCUCAGAAAAUGAGACCACAAAGGAGUAUGCUAUAAAUCAAAUUUGCCAACCAACUACGUAGAUAUCACUCAUUCUAGGACUAAUGAUGAUGGUAAAGAAGUUGCCAGUGUUAUGGCAAUGAAAAUUUCAAAAAGAAGGAGCUGACGAUCUUCUAGAUGUAUAUGAACACCUGUCUAUAUCUGCAUGUAUCUGUUUUGACCUGCAGUGGUUGCAAUGUUGAUUAUGUGUUCAAGAUUAUUCCUGUCUACAAAAUUGAAGGCCCAUGUUCAAAUUGUUCUUUAUUGGGUGUUUUUAUGGUCACGUGGUAACAAUUUUCUUACCUAACCUACAAAAGGUUCUCUUGAUGAACAUUUUUAUUUAUAUUUACUAAUCUUUUUUAAAAAAAGCUUUCAUAGCAUUAUAUAAUCAGAUGAAGAAAGCCCAGUAGAAUAAAAAAAAAAUUCAUUAUCCUAGCCUAUGUUAUGUUUUCUGUCAAUGGAAAACAAAUUCUCAAAUAGGAAUUCUAAAAAUAGAUUUACUAGAGUAAAAUAAUCACUUAAAAUAUUUUAUUCCAGUUGGAAGGAAGCUACAGGGAGAAAUCGCAAUUAUUUAGGGGAAAAGUAUAUUUAUUAUAAGAUGGUGUCCUCAAAUUAGCCUACCAUGGCACAUAGGGGCAGCAGCUAUAUUAGAUUUACUAGAGGUGCUAAGUUAGAACACUAGGCUUUUAUUGAGGCAAGUUUUAAUAUUGAUAGAUGCUUUUUGUUUGGUUUGUUUCUUCUGGGAGAGAGAAUAGAGGACUUAAGUAGAAGUAGCUGCUGAUAACAGACUUUCUAGUAGCAGUUUCCACUCCACGGUUACCUUUUUAGUUUCAUAGUAUCUUUUCACAAAGUAUUACAAAUAAGCUAGAUUCUCCCAUUUUGGGAAUGCAAGUUUGCUACAUUUUUAGCCUGGCAAUAUUUGUGUAGGUAUUGCCUUACUGGAAAUUCUGGAAACCUGAUACUGCAACCUGCAAUGUAGGAUGUUUGUAUGGCAUUUAAAGGUAACGGUGAUGUUUAUUAUUCUAUACUUUGCAUUCUGUGAGAGUAAUUUUCACUCUGUCUUAAGUGUGAGUAAGCCUCUUCUAAAAAUCUUGUUCUUGCCAAGAAAUUUAUAAAUCACAUACAAAGACAUCUGUUGCUAACAGUUAACUUUAUGAGGUAACUGUAUACUUCUAUUUCUCUGGACUCAUUUUUUAAAAAUAUGCAGAAUACUGCAUAGUGUUUAGGAUAGUAUAUAAGUUUAUGAGAGAAGUGGAGAGCUUUCUUCCUUGUAAAGUCGGUAUUUGUUGAGAUGUUAUUUGCCUCACAGAGAGGUAUUCCCCACUCCCAUCCCCAUUGCCAGAUAAUAAAUAUUUUGAAAAAAGUGACCUAAAACAGCUUAAAUCUUAGGUGCAUCUGUCUGCAGACCUCCUUAAGCAGGCUGAAUCUUACAGUUCCCUUACUGCAUCGGGUAAGUGUUAACUUAGUUUUUGUUGUUUGCUCUCUUGCUUUAAAUAUUCUCCAAAUUACCAUUUAUGCAACAAGGUUAGGGUUAAUACUGCAUGGUAUUCAUUUAUCUUGUUUCAUGAACUUUCCAGUACUGUACAAGGUCAACAAAGUAAUGCCUGUGUUAUCCUCAUCUCUCACUUUUUUACACUGUGAUCUUAGCACAGUAAGGUACCGCAAUGACCUUCCUUCCAAAUGUUCUCCUUGACUUUACUUCUUGGGCCAAUUCAGUAUCCUCAACAUCCUAAGAUUUUGUUGUUUUAUCACUGACCUGUGGUUGGCCUGUUUUAUUCUAAUUUCCAGAAAAAUCAAGUCCCAGUAUUUGCAAUAUCAAAUAACUAUCUAAAACCGAUGUGUGAUUCUACCUUCCUUACUAUUUUUACUGGGCAAAUGCCCUUUUUUAAUUAUUAUUUUUUUAACUUUUGGGACACACACAAAAAUCAGCAAUUCUCAUGAAACGUUUGUUAGUGUGGCAGACUUGUCUAAUUCCUGAAACUCAUUCAUCCCCUUGAGCCAGCCAAUGGGGAGGAAUAGGAUAAUGCAAACACAUGUUUUGUUUUCUCAUUUUCAAAUAAUUUACCAUGUUAAAAUAAACUUUUCUUUGUUUUUUAUUUGUAGAGUCAGCUAAGUACCCAUAUUUAAAUGCCGUCUUUAUUAUUUUUUUGAAGUUUUUGUUUUUGUCUGUUUUUAUUUUGUUUUGUUUUGUAAAUAAGGUAACUGGGCAAUCAAACACCUUUUGGGGAUUCUGGCUUUAGUAUUUUAUCAGCCAUUUCAAAAUUAAAUAUAAAAAUCCUUUGUAAGAAACUUGCAUCCUAAUUUUUCUUUAUUGCAAUUGAAAGUGUAAAUAAUAAGACAAUGUAAGUAAGACCUUCCUAAUGUCUAAUACAAACUGGGCUCCAGCAAGUGGCCCUAUUUUUAUUAGGGUUUUGAAGGUUUGUGUGUGUGUGCGUGUGCGUGUGUGUUUUUCUUUUUUAAAUGUACAGUAGAGUGGUGUCUGUAUAAGUGUUACCUGUAGUGGGGUUUUGUCCAGCAAGCCUGAAAUUUAUACUUUGAAAUAAACUACUGGGUUUUUAA